AUGGCCGCCAACCCUGGCGGAUACCAGGAAGGUCACCAAUCCAAAGAGCUUCCCUUCACGUCACCAGCAGCCCCUACACCGCAGAAUACGACACAUCAAGAGCUAGAGAGACGCAUAUGGCAAUAUCAGAAAGAGGAGCAGUGA